AUGCCUUCACCUUCACCACCAAAACCAUGGGAGAAAGCUGCUGCUACAAAACCCACUACAGUUAAUACACAAUUACCAUGGACAAGUUCGCCACUUGCACAAAGUCCUACUUCUGAAACUGCUCCUGCUCUUCCCACAAGACCUUCAACAACUGGUUCAAGUUAUAGUUCUUAUGGCACGAAUUAUAAUACUCCAUACUCUAGUUAUGGUUCCUAUGGUAGUACUUAUGGAUCUCCUUAUAACCGUUAUGGAUCUUAUUCUUCAUAUUCUCCAUAUAGCCGUUAUGGUUACGGCACAUAUGGUGGAUAUGGUGGUGGUUCCUAUUCUUCUUACAGUCCUUUCAAUCGUUUUAAUACCUAUGGGGGGAAUACAUAUGGGGGGAUGAUGGGCCCAAAUGGUCCUGAUGAUAUGUCAUUAACUCAAAGAAUGGAAGCAAAUACUGCCGCUGGAUUUCACAUGAUUGAAUCAAUAGUGAAUGCCUUUGGUGGUUUUGCUCAAAUGUUGGAAUCUACUUAUUUCGCCACUCAUUCUUCAUUUAUGGCCAUGGUCGGUGUCGUGGAACAAUUUGGAAAUUUACGAAAUUAUUUAGGCCAAGUUUUGAAUCCUCAAGAAUUAAAUCCUGUGCAAUUUGAACAUUUUCAAAAAAGAAAAUUUUCUCGUCGUCCCUUAAUCUUCUUUAUUCUUGCUGUCUUUGGUGUUCCAUAUUUAAUGCAUAAAUUUAUCCAAGUUAUAUCACAAAGACAACAACUCAGUCGUAAUCCACAACAACGUGGCUCGCAAAUGACUGUUCCAGGACAACUAGUUCCUGGACUUGCUCAGAAUCUCGAAUUUUGUAAAGCUCUUUAUGAUUUCAAGGGUGAAUCUUCAAUGGAAUUGAACCUAAAACGAGGUGAUAUCAUUGCAAUUCUGAGUAAAACUGAUAUGUUUGGUCAACCAUCUCAAUGGUGGCGAGGUCGCUUAAGGAGUGGUGAACAAGGAAUGUUUCCUUCAAAUUACGUUGAGAUAAUUAACAAAGGAG